UUGAAGUAUCUGGUGCUGAUAAAGUUGAAGUAUCUAGUGCCGACAAAGUUGAAGUAUCUGAUGCUGACAAAGUUGAAAUAUCUGGUGCCGACAAAGUUGAAAUAUCUGGUGCUCCAAAAGAUAAAGUAUCUGGUCCCGACAAAACUCAAGCAUCUGAUGCCAGCCUAACUACCAAGGGAAAAUCUAACGAACCUGUAAAAUCCCAAGCUCCCAAUGCAAGCAAUGCUUCCAAAGGUAAAACUAACAAAACUCCCAAAGUUAAAGACCCAAAUAAACUUGACAACAAGGAGUUCGACUUUAUCUUUAUUUUGGCGGAAUACAAGAUGUUUUGCUUCGUAGAGGUUAAAGCAGGGUUCAAGGGAAACACGGAGUGGGAGGACCAAGCAGUACAUGAGAUGGUGGGAAAGAAGAGAGGACUAGUGAUCCUGGACGAGUUUGGUGACGGAUAUCCUAAACACGAAGGAUAUAAAGAGUGUAAAUUGCGUGAAUAUCUAGAUGAGGAGACACAAGGUUUCCUGAACCUUGAUCAGUACUUUAUUCUCCCAGUAGAGAACCUUGUCAUUUCUAUGCAUCCUGAUUUAUUAGACUCGACCCAUAAUAGACCUGUUGAAGGAGUGAUUGGGAAGAAUGAGUUUAGUAAACAUGCAUUACACCGUGUAAUGCGGAAUACAGCAGGAAUAGUUCAGCAUCAUAAGGAUUUGGGAUAUUCUGAUUUCAAGAAUUGUAUUCCAUUGACUGUUGAAGGUCCUGCUCCUGUUCUGCUGAAGGGGAAUUUCAAUCACCCUGAUUUCUACCAACAAUGUUUGAAGACUGUUACAAGUAAUAAACAAUGGAUCAAGUUUGUUUGCAGUUAUAAUGGAAAGUUUGACACAAAGCUGUUUAUCCAGGAGUUGGGUACUGCAGGCAUUAAACUAUUUGAAUAUUUGAGAGCUGAUCAAGCUGUUAACCUUGAUUCUUUCCUUGUAGCUGAAGCAGGAUGCUUAUUGGUAUCCCGUACUCAACUCAGAGGAGUAGAAUCCCACUCAAUUCUAUGUUUUGCUGAUACCGUUAAUGAUGCUGGUCUUGCAUUAUUACGAUGUUCCGCAGAUAUUAUCCUUUGUUUCCCAGAGAACAGUGUACACGUGUAUAACAUUGCAAGUCCAGGAGUUUGCAGAAUACAAGGAUUAAGAGAAGAUCCUGCUCCCUUCAAGAAACUGAAAGAAACCUUGGACAUGUUUGAUACUAAACAUGUUGUUAUUCUUGAUGAAGAUUUAUCUAGUACUGAAGUGCAACUUUUCAAAGAAGAAAUGAAACAAAGCAGGUUCCAGAUAGCCUAUACAGAUGAUGUUCCAUCUUCUCUAGAUGAUCUGUAUAGUCAGCUAGAUGAUCUAGAGGAGGGAGGUGUUAUAGUGUUUACUCAGAUAAGAGAACUGCAGCAGCAUGGUCAAUUUUUUAUGUGGUCGCAGGAGAGAAACAUUUGUUAUGUAGGGGCAUGGUGUUCUAAAUUCAGUAUAACCAUACGUCUUUUUUAUCCAAGGCCUGAACUCCCUAAAUCAAACUGAUGGGGUAAUAUUCUAUAGAAAUAUUUUGUAUUUGUUUUGAAUCUUCCUGAAACAAUCUCAAGAACUGACGAGGGUAAACCCAGACCGAAAUAUAUUUCAAAAUCAUGUGGAACUUACCCUACUUGAGAACUUAAGAAAAUUAUCAAUUAAGCAUCUAAUUCACGAGAAUCAAUAGCUACAUGAUAUUUGUAAUUGAAACUUUGUGUAAAUUGCAGUUCAAUUCUUGAGAAGUGACAUUCUAACUUUUUAGAAAGUGAUCACUGUAACUUUUCAUUUCAAGUAUCUGGCCGACUUUUAAUCAUUUAGAGCAAGCUGUACAGUACACAUACAGACUACAUAAGGUAAACCGAACAGUACACCAUAAACUGGUUCCCUACUAGGAAGAUUCUAGUGUAACUUAUCAUUGUUAUUAUUUUCUUGGGAUUUUUUAAUCAACUUUACUGAAUAUUAUCAGCAAUUAUUGGUAAAGUGAAUACCAGAUCAGAAAGUCACAUCACUCCAACAAGCUCAUAACAGUUUCUGCAUAAAACGCGCUGAGUCCACUACACAGGCUGAUACGAGUAAAUGUGUAUGUGGCACGAUUACGCUAGACCGGUAAAUCCUUGUGCCAGUUCGGAUCAUGCAACAACGUGGCGGCCUAAACUUCAAGAUAUUGUUAAAUGGUUCAGAUCAUGCAACAAUGUGAAGUUAGACUAACGUGGCGGCCUAAACCUCAAGAUAUUUUUAAAUGUUUAAAAAGUUAUUAAUUCAAAAAUGUUGGCUUUAAGUCUAGUUACUAACUUACUGACGUAAAGUUAUUGUUAUUAACUUGAUAAGUCUAGUUACUAACUUACUGAUGUAAAGGUAUUGUUAUUAACUUGAUAAGUCUAGUUACUAACUUACUGACUAUU